GACACAUAUUUUACAGCUUUCUUAUUUCUCAAGCAUUGUGUAGUUAUUAGGUUUUGCUGACCUUUAGAUUUAAAAAUAAAGGAAUUACGCCAAGCAUGACUUUAACUCUGUAUUUAUGACGUGUUACGUACGAGCGCACGCAAGAGCGAGUGGCGGCGGGCCGGUUUAAACGUUCCGACGCGGGAAUUAACAAACGCUUGGUUUAGAGACGUAAUUUACUAUUCAAGACCUAGUUUAAACAGUAUUAAAACGUUGCUAUAGAGACAUUUAUUAAAUGCCUAUGGGUUUCAUACAGAGAUCAGAAAGCGGAAAAUGAGACUGUAAAGUACUAUAGACAUUAACUAGUUUGUGAUGUUGUCUCAGACUUUUUCCGCGUAAAGUUACAGUGUGGCGACCUCUGCACAUGCAACAUCGUUUAUAAAGAAGACACAAGAUAUCAAAGAGCACAUAUGGAUCCUAGCGGUGGUCAGAAAUCCAGUGCUUGUUUUGGACAGAAUGCAUAUACUGCAGAAGAGUACCAGGCAGUCCAGAAUGCUUUACGACAGAGACUCGGACCUGAAUAUAUCAGCACCAGACAGGCAGGAGGAGGUCAAAAGGUGUGUUAUGUCGAGGGUCACAAAGUUAUAAGUUUGGCCAAUGAAAUGUUUGGGUACAACGGAUGGUCACAUUCAAUAUCACAACAAAAUGUUGACUUCGUUGACCUUAUCAACGGGAAGUUUUAUGUUGGAGUAAGUGCUUUUGUGAAGGUCCAGUUAAAGGACGGCUCAUUCCAUGAGGAUGUGGGGUAUGGUGUGAGUGAAGGCCUUAAAUCCAAAGCUCUGUCGCUGGAGAAAGCAAGAAAAGAAGCUGUUACAGAUGGACUGAAAAGAGCGCUCAAGUGUUUUGGCAAUGCACUUGGAAACUGUAUUCUAAAUAAGGAGUACCUCAUAGCCAUCAAUAAAAUACCAAAGCAGCCGCCCCCUCCUUUAGACCCAGACAAGACCAAACGUUGCGAUGAAGAGCCAUCCGUGGCGAAGGCCAGGUACAAAAGCAUGGCCCAAGCCAACGGCAGUAUAUUUAUCAAGCCGGAGGAACCAACCAACAACAAUCGCUCGGGCCAGAUGGGAGGUCACCCGGUACAAGAAGGGCAUGAGAACGGCACUGCAUCCAGGACUUCAUUGACAAACACAGCAGCACAUUCUGGCAACACAUCAGCUCACCAGGAGUCUGAAAACAGGCCUGGCAACACCUCAAGGUCAGCAGCUGCCGUGGCUGACCUGUCCUCAUUCGACCCUCUGGUGGACCCUAAACACCAGAGGAAGCUGAGACAGCAGCAGCUGCAGCAGAAGUUCAGACAGGAGAUGGAGGCCAAGAAGCUGCUACAGGAAGAAGCACAGCAGAAAACGACAUCUUUAAACUCGUCUACAGAGCAGACGCCGCAUCUAAAGCAAGGGCAGACUGUAGGUCCUGUUAACCACAGUACACCAAACGGACAUCUGGUGUCGACUAAGCAGGAGGAGUAUCUGGCUGAUGACCCGGAAUUGUGGGACUUCACUUUAGAUGGCAUCGAAAUGCUUGAAGAUCCCGCAGGAAGCUCAUCUGAACCUUCUCGUCCCAGCACACCGAGUCAGCACAAGAUGGUGACGCGCAGCAAGACUCCACAGAGAGUUCAAUACCUGAGACCACCAGCUCAACCACACGGCCAUGUUGUUCCUCAUGGGCAGGGAGGAUACAGUCAAUUCAGAUCAGACGCAAGAACUACUUCAGGUGGAGCACAGAGCCCAUACAGACAAGGCCAGAUAAUGAAGAAACGAAGACUGGAAACUUGACAAAUGUUACUUUUUUUUUAAGUAAUGUACUUUUAUCUAUUUUUAUUUGUAAUGCGUUAAUAUGAAAUGCUAAUAAACAUUUGUCUUGUGC